AUGAAAUGUUAAAAUGAUUAGAAUGAAGACAUAUAUGUGCUUUUGGCUUAAUCUAUAGAAAUUAAUGAAUCAACCUUCCAAAUUCUCAGUUAGAUACUCCAAAGAGAGAAAAUUUAAGACAGUCUAGAGUUUCUCUCAUCAUGUCAAAAUCAAAGGAAAGUCGAAUUGGAAAUAUUAUAGGUAAAUAAUCCUUCACUUUUAAUUAGGAAUAAAGGCUUAAUGUUGAAAAGAAUGACGUUAAGAAAAUAACAAAUUUUCUAUGUCAUAUUAAAGAUCAUGAGUUUAAUAAAGUAAAUUAUUCUAAAAAAGAAUACAAAAAAGUGAAAGAAAACCUGAUCACAAAUAUAUCAAAUAAUAAGAAGAUCAUAGAACUUCUAAAAUUUUUAGUUCAUCUUACUGCCGUAGAUUAGCAAUACAUAUAGUGUGGAUCAAAUUCUCUUCAUUUAUUAGUUGAAAUGAAAGCUGAAUUGAACACACAAUCUUUUGAAAAUAUUAAAAUUAAAAAUACUUCACUUUAAGGAGCUAACUUUAUCAGAUGCAACUUUAGUGGAUCUGAGUUUGACAACGUCUGUAUAAGUGGAAUUAAUAUAAGUGAAGCCAAACUAUUUAAUUGUAAAUGGAAGAAUAUAAGUAUAAAUGAGGAAAUUAAGUUAAAUGGCCAUCGAAAUUGUGUCAAUUCAGUUUGCUUUUCUCCAGAUGGCAAUUCAUUAGCUUCAAGUAGUGAUGAUAAUUUCAUUCUUUGGUGGGAUUUGAAAACAGGGAAAAUCAAGUCUGCAUUUUAGAGACAAAGGGAGGUAAAAUAAGUCUGUUUCUCACCUAAUGGUGAUACAUUAGCUUCUUGCAAUGGAAAAUUUAUUUAUUUGUGGAAUUAUAAAACAGGGAAAUAAAUAUCGAAAUUAAUUCGUCAUGUUAGUGAUAUUUAAUCAGUCUGUUUCUCUCCUGAUGGAACUACAUUAGGAUCAGGGAGCUAAGAUAUGUCUAUACGUUUGUGGGAUGUUAAGAUAAGAUAAUAAAAAGCCAAAUUAGAUGGUUAUCGUGAUUCAGUUCAAUCUGUUUGUUUCUCUUCUGAUGGCAAUACGAUAGCUUCUUGUAGUUUGGAUAUGUAUAUCUGUUUAUGGGAUUUUAAGACAGGUUACUAAAAGUCUAAAUUAAGAGGUCAUGAGGAUGGUGUUAAUACAGUCUGUUUUUCCUCUGAUGGUACAACAUUAGCAUCUGGUAGUAGAGAUUGAG